AUGACUGGGAAGCAUGGCUGUUCCCAGAGGUCCAAGACAGUGGACCUAAGGAACGGCAGCACAGUGACAGAGUUUAUCCUCGUGGGCUUUGAGCAGAGCUCCUCUUCCACUCGGGCAUUGAUCUUUGCCCUCUUCUCAGCCCUCUACAGCCUUGCCAUGGCCAUGAAUGGCCUCAUCAUCUUCAUCACCUGGACAGACCCCAGGCUCAACAGCCCCAUGUACUUCUUCCUUGGCCACCUGUCCUUCCUGGAUGUCUGCUUCAUCACCACCACCAUCCCACAGAUGCUGAUCCACCUGGUGGCCAAGAACCACAUUGUCUCCUUUGUCUCUUGCUCGACCCAGAUGUACUUGGUCUUCUCUAUGGGUGUGGCCGAGUGCAUCCUCUUGGCUUUUAUGGCCUAUGACCGUUAUGUUGCUAUCUGCCACCCACUCAGCUAUGCCCAGAUCAUGAGCCGGCAGGUUUGUGUGAAGCUGGUAAGCACUGCCUGGUUCUUUGGGCUGAUCAAUGGCAUUCUGCUUGAUUACAUGACAUUUCGUGGUCCGUUCUGUAGAGACAACCACAUAGAAAACUUCUUCUGUGAGGCUCCCAUAGUGAUCGCUCUCUCUUGUGGAGACCCCCAGUUUAGUCUGACGACGAUCUUUGCCGAUGCCAUCGUGGUGCUGCUCAGCCCCAUGGUGCUCAUUGUCAUCUCCUAUGCACGCAUCCUGGCCUCCAUCCUUGGCAGAGCCUCCUCCUCAGGUCGUGGAAAGACCUUCUCUACUUGUGCUUCCCAUCUGACUGUGGUCAUCUUUUUCUACACCUCAGCCAUGUUCUCUUAUAUGAACCCUCGCAGCACACAUGGCCCUGACAAAGACAAGCCUUUCUCCCUCCUCUACGCCAUCAUCAUCCCCAUGUGCAACCCCAUCAUCUAUAGUUUUCGAAACAAGGAAAUGAAGAGGGCCAUGGUGAGGGCCCUUGGGAGGACCAGCCUGGCCCAGUCCAAGUCUGUCUAG